CAGACUCCAUUCAAUUCAUUCCUGAGAAAAAUAAAAGUCCUGCCCACCUCUAUAUUCUGCCGAGAAAUGGUAAGACUUGGCCUUUCUGUACUGGUUCUCUUCUUCGUUCUUUACGUGGCUGGCACGGCGGAAUCCGCGGCCGUUGCCAGACAUUCCAGCCCUGCAAAUUUCAUCAAGGCCUCCUGCAGGGCAACUCGCUAUCCUGCACUUUGCGUUCAAUGCCUUUCAGGUUAUGCAAGUGCAAUAAAAAAAAAUGAGCGACGACUGGCUCAAACCGCCUUGUCAGUGAGCUUAGCCAGGGUGCGGUCGGCUGCAGCGUUUGUGGCCAAGAUGACUAAGGUUAGGGGGAUCAAGUCCAGAGAGUAUGAGGCUGUGAAAGACUGCAUAGAGAACAUGGGUGAUGGCGUCGACCGGCUUAGCCAGUCGGUUCGGGAGCUUGGCCAUAUGGAUCGAGACGUGGGUCAGGACUUCAUGUGGCAUAUGAGCAACGUCCAGACCUGGGUUAGUGCUGCCCUCACCGACGAGAACACUUGUCUUGAUGGGUUUUCCGGCCCUGCCAUGGAUGGAAAUGUCAAGACUGCUAUACAUAGAAGGGUCACCAAUGUAGCGCAGGUUACUAGUAACGCACUCGCACUGGUAAAUCGUUUUGCAUCAAGACACCAAGCUGCUACAACCGUAGAAAAGCCUUAAAUGUUGUCUUAAAAGGCUUAUAUCUUGUCUUGGGAGUUUUGUUCCGUUAACACGCGUAUGUAAACAUAAUGUGUCUAAAGUAAGGCUUGUGGAUGGACUAGAUGUUAUCUUGGGGGUCUUGGUUUUCUGCUUGAUCUGUAAAUUUAACACGAAAGGCUUGAGUCAAGCUCACGUUUAUCUUGUAAAAUAUCAAAAGCUUUGUUUGUAAUAAAAAUUAUAAUAGGCAUGAACUCUA